AUCUGCUCAGUAUCUAAAGAUGAAAGCCAUUGUUGAAGUCACCAUCUGUCUUAUUACAGUUUUAGGUUCUGUGAAGUCAGCUGAAGUAUUUUAUGGGAUUGAAGGUGGAAAUGUAAAGAUUGAUUGCCCAUAUCAACCUGAAUAUAACGACAAUAAAAAGUACCUGUGUCAUACUCGCUGGAUGCUAAUUAAUGCACUAAUCAGCAGUGGCGAGCCUGAGACCCUCGUUACUAAGGGGAGAUUCUCUCUGUAUGAUAACCGGUCAGCGAGUGUCUUCACUGUGACCAUCACAGAGCUGACACAAAAAGAUGCUGGGACAUAUUACUGUGGAGUUGAUAUAAAUUGGUCUACAGACAAAUACACUGAAGUGAAAGUGACUGUCAAUAAAGCUCCGAAAACCCCCCCCACCACAACUCGUGCCACACGCUCAAGUACCACCCCUUCCACCACUACUGUGAAGGGGAACACAGACAAUGGACAAACAAGGGAUUGUACAUCCAGCAGCCCUGCAGCUGACACACACUCAGAAGCAACAGCCAAGACUGCAACUGAGGAGAAAAUCACUGAAAAGGCUCCAGUCAAAACAGCUUACACGCACUCAGAAACAACACAUUCUUCUGCCACUGGGAAGAAAACCACUGAAAAGGCAACGGAACAAGCAGGUUUGGAAGUGAUCAUUGGUGGAGCACUUGGGGCGAUGCUGUUUGUCUUUUUGAUGACUAUAAUGAUAUACUGCUUUACAAAGAAGAAGGUCAACAAAUCUGUGGACAAGAGCGCCACUACUAAGAAUCCAGCCAGUGCUGUAGUACUGGGCACUAUUACCAACACUGUGUACUCGGAAGUAAUGAAUCCAGUGCACAGUGUUACUCCUAACCCUGUGUAUUCUGAAGUUAUGAAGCCAGUGCACAGUGUUACACCUAACUCUGUGUACUCGGAAGUAAUGAAGCCAGUGCAGGGUGUUACUCCUAACUCUGUGUACUCUGAAGUAAUGAAGCCAGUGCACAGUGUUACACCUAACUCUGUGUACUCGGAAGUAAUGAACCCAGUGCACAGUGUUACACCUAACUCUGUGUACUCGGAAGCAGCGGAUGUUACUCAAGCCAACGACAUUGUGUACUCUGAAGUAAUGAAAGUGACCUCAGACAGUGAUGUGGAGACCGUCUACUCCAAUGCGGGGUUUGAGGGCAAACACGACGCUAAGGAAUCGGCCGUGUAUUCUGUGAUCGAGCCUCAAGCGCAUUGAGAUGUGACCUUUGACCUGAGAAGGUGCAGCUCUGGUCCAUGACUGAACUCCUUUCCCAGCUGUUGGGUUCAUGAUGUAAAGAAAUCCCAUUUUUGUUAAUGUAGGCUUCCAAGAAUGUCUGAAUUGUUUUAUUCUAAUAACCAGGAAACUGGGGCUGUUAUUCAUGUAUUUAUUAAUAUAUAAUAAUACUCUGUUGCAGUAUAUUUUAAUGGCUCAUUAAAAAGUAGAUAACAGUAUAGCUUCAGUCAAGUCUAGGACAUCAUUUUGAUUUGGGUUUCAGUAAGACCCAAGCACCAGUGUUUUAUAAAAACUGUUUUAGGGUACAGCUUUAUUUCAGGCAGUUGGGGGAGCCCCCCUGCUCCACCCUUUUUUUCCCUCUGGACACUCUUCCUUAAAUGCGCUUUACUUGCUCUUUUCUACUUGCUAAUUAUAUCCUGAUGUAACUAUUACUGACACUGUUAUCUGCUCCAUUACUGAAUCAUAUUUUGUCAUACUUGUACUUACUAGAACCGAAGUCAUUGUAUUUAUCUUGCUCUUAAUUGUAUUAUUAUUACUGUGAUUCUUGAAAUGUAUUUUUGUUUAUGACUGUAAGUCGCCCUGGAUAAGGGCGUCUGCUAAGAAAUAAAUAAUAAUAAUAAUAAUAAUAAUAAUAAUAAUAAUAAUAAUAAUAAUAAUAAUAAUAAUAAUAAUUCUGGGGACCUCUUUGUUUUUAGGCUAUGCUGGCUUUUACUGGCUACAUUGUAUCUCAGGUAUGUCUCUGAUUAAAAUAAUGAAUAUAAUUUUUUUAAUACAAAAAUAGCAUAAUACGGUAUAGUAUUGUGUUAAAAAAAAAGGUUUGACCCCAAACUAUAAUAAAGAGAGAUAAUAUAAACACACUCUGUCAACAUCCCGUGUCUGUAUGUACGUGAUGCCACCCCCGCAGUGAAGUCAACUCUAUUGUCUUAAUAAAAAGUGUGCGCUGUGUAACUAUGCCUCUGAAACAAAAAUCAUUUUAUGUUGCAACAAAGCUGGAAACUAUAUUGAUCGUUUGAAACAAUUAGUAACGCAGGCAUGUCUCUGUCGUGAAUAUGGGCUGUCAAAAAGCACUCUGUUUUUUGUCUUGUUCAGCAACCAUGCGGCAAAGCAAAACUGAUUAAAGAAAAAGAAAAAAAAAACUUGAGGAUCUGAUGAACUUUUCAUGUCAAAUUUUUCAUGUUGGGUUGAUUUGGAAUAAAAGCUCAGGUUGGGGUUCUUGCAUGUUGGGUUAAGAUUUGGUGCACUUUGAAAUGAUUCACGUCAGAUUGAUUUUGAAUAAAAGUUCAGCUUCAAUUAAGGAUUUUUGCUUUUUAAGAACAUAAGAACAUAAGAAAAUGUACAAACGAGAGGAGGCCAUUCAGCCCAUCUUGCUUGUUUGGUUGUUAGUAUCUUAUUGAUCCCAGA